GAUGGUACUGUGCAUUUUCUUUAGUCAAUUUUUCAAUAACUCUCUAAGCAAUUAAAGAUGCAAACGCCCGAAAAGAAUCGGCAAACGAGCUUUUGUGUGUUCUAGUUUUAACCUUUCUUCAAAUGAAAGUUGUCAAGAGAAAAGUAUAAUCUAUAGUUUGUACUGGUUUUUGCCAGUGUUAUGGAUGCUGAUGUUCUUGCUGAAAGAAUUUUAUGUGACUUGAAAAAUACUUUUAAUAAGGAUCCUCUUAUAGAUGAAUUUGAUAUAUUACCGGUUCAUGAAUCGACAAGAAAUACCUGUCCUGUCAUUCAUAUAGAGCACAAAGUUGCAUUAGAGGACUGGUGUGUGAAGCAUGUUUAUGUAUAUGCAUACUCAAAUUUCUUUUCCUGGAGGAAAAAACCUCAUAAAAUUGAUCCAGAUAAUUUGCUAAUUUGGACUUGUGCCAUUUUGUUGAUUAAUCCUGAAAUUGAAACAGUUUGGAAUGCAAGAAAGGAACUUUUGUGCCAAAACUUGUUGCAGCCUUCAGAUGAACUACGGUUUACAGAAAUUGUCCUGAGUCGUAAGCCGAAAAGUUCACAAGUAUUUGCACAUAGAAAAUUUGUAUUAUUAGAGCUCAGGAAGAAAAGCCAAGUUUCUUCAUGUAUUUUACAGCAAGUUAUUGAGCAUGAAUUUUUUGUUUGCACUAGGGUUGCUUCUUUAUAUCCAAAUAAUUAUUAUGCAUGGUGCCAUCGUUCAUGGUUGAUGCAAGAGAUACUGCAUUUAUGUGUCAAGAUUAUUUCAGAAGAGCUUCUGGAAGUAGAACACUGGAUAACUUCUCAUAUUUCCGAUUACAGUGGCUUUCAUUACCGUCAAUUCCUCAUUUCAUCACUUCGCAAGAGAAGCACAUCAAAGCAAUCCUCACGUGAAUCAUUGUCUUGUCCCAUCCACUCUGCGAAUUCGGAUGGUGCAAAGAGCAACUGCCAUCUUUCAGUCAUCAAUGACAGAGAACUAGCUGCCUUCAAUAACGCCCUGGAGAAAGAAUUGGUGCUACUCAGCAGUUUGCAAACUGUGUAUCCCGGGCAUGAAACAUUAUGGAAUCAUCGUCGAUACAUUUUACAUGAGUUCCAGCUCCUCAACACAAAUGAUGGGUCUUGUCCUCCCAAGUUUAAGAAUACAGGUGAUUCGUUUGAAGAUGACAAGCAACGCAAGAGGAACAAACUGGAAUGCGAAAUUCACAAAAAAAUCGACUGGGAUUUAUUGAAAGAAGAAGCUUUUUUAGCCCAAUCCAUGACAUUUUCCAAACACAAUGAUUGGGAAAAGAUACUGAUUGCAAGACAUGUGAAGUGGUUACAAAAUGUUAUUUUAUGGCCUGUUACACUGCCAAAUAGUUGAUGUUUGAGUAUUUUAAGUUUUAAGUAUAGUUGUGAAAAAUUGUUUUUGUUAAUAAAUAUGAGAUUUCUAUUCUUUACUUAAUUUGUUUAGUUA